AUGAAGUGCCACUACGAGGUGCUGGGCGUGAGGCGCGACGCCGCCGAGGAGGAGCUGAAGCGGGCGUACCGCCGGCUGGCGCUGCGCUGGCACCCCGAUAAAAACCUCGAGAACGCGGAGGAGGCAGCGGAGCAGUUCAAGUUGAUCCAGGCGGCGUACGACGUGCUCAGCGACCCACAGGAACGGGCCUGGUAUGAUAAUCACAGGGAGGCUCUGCUGAAAGGGGGAGUUGAUGGAGACUAUCAAGAUGAUAGCUUAGAUCUGCUGCACUACUUCACUGUUAGCUGUUACUCUGGAUAUGGGGAUGAUGAAAAGGGAUUCUUUACAGUCUAUCGACAAGUUUUUGAGAAGAUUGCGAAGGAAGAGUUGGAAUAUAUGACACAGGAAGAUAUUGAAGAAUUCCCUACGUUUGGGUAUUCCCAUAGUGACUAUGAUACGGUAGUCCACCCUUUCUAUGCAUAUUGGCAGAGUUUCUGUACGCAGAAAAACUUUGCUUGGAAAGAAGAGUAUGACACACGACAAGCCUCAAACCGCUGGGAGAAGCGAGCUAUGGAAAAAGAGAACAAGAAAACGAGAGAGAAAGCAAGGAAAGAGAGGAAUGAACUGAUCCGUCAACUAGUAGCCUUUAUUCGUAAAAGGGAUAAAAGAGUACAGGCUCACAGAAAACUUUUAGAAGAACAAAAUGCAGAAAAAACUAGGAAAGCAGAGGAAUUUCGGAGGCAACAGAAGCUAAAACAAGCCAAGCUUGCUGAGCAGUACAAAGAGCAGAGCUGGAUAACUAUGUCAGAUCUGGAGAGAGAGCUGCAAGAGAUGGAAGCACANAAUAGGACAAGAGGACACAGCCUUAAGUCGUGCCAGGCGACGUUAACGCUGGACAUUAGGAGUAAUUUUUUCACAGAAAGGGUGAUUAGACAUUAUAAUGGGCUGCCCAAGGACGGUGGACUCACCGUCCCUAGAGGUAUUUAA